AUGUAUGGCAAGAUCGCCCUCGAAGAGUGCUGGACGAUUCAGGAAGAAUUGGCAAACAAUGAUCCUGGGAAAUUCGUCGCAGCUGGGACCGGCUCUCGUUUGACAAACGAGCUACUUGAUAUCCACGGCACACGCUUGAAGCAGAUGGAUGAGAACAACGUUGAUUUUAUGGUUCUCUCAUUCAACUCGCCAGGAUGCCAGGGCAUCUCUGACAAGUCUCAAGCCGAGGCACAGGCUACUCUGGCAAAUGAUCGCAUGGAGGCUGAGGUGAUGAAAGCACCAAACCGAUUUGCAGCUUUUGCAGCCCUGAGCAUGCAUGACCCGGUGCAAGCAGCAGCAGAGCUCCGUCGUUGUAUGACGGAGAAAAAGGGUUUUGUCGGAGUACUGCUUAAUGACUAUCAAAGCUGUGGCGAGGAUGGUAAUGGCAUGCUGUAUUAUGACCAGCCGGAGUAUGAUGUCUUCUGGCAGGCAGCUAAUGACCUUGAAGCUCCUGUCUACAUGCAUCCACGGCCCUCAAAUAAAUUGAUUCACAAGUUAAUGUGGGAUGGUCGCCCUUGGCUCGACUUUUCUGCUCUUGGCUACGCUGAUCGUCUCAACAUGCAUAUUCUGGGGAUCGUCACAAAUGGUGUACUGGAUCGAUUUCCAAAGGUCAAGCUGGUUUUCGGGCAUAUGGGCGAGCAUAUUCCAUACGACAUCUAUCGCAUCGAUCAUAAGCUUGAUCGCAGCCGGUUCCCCAAUAUGCCCAUGCGGAAGGAUAAACUUGUUCGUGAUUAUUUUGGGGAACAGCUUUUCAUUACAACUUCUGGUCACUUCUCCACACCUGCGUUGAUGUGCGCUAUGGGCGAAGUUGGAGUACAAUCUAUCAUGUUUUCCAUAGACUACCCUUUCGAAAGUAUCCCUAACGCCUGUGGUACGUUCAUUCUAUGCACUUGGAGCCCGGAAAUGAACCUGUCUAAUAAUCUUCAAUGCAGCGUGGUGGGAUGA